GUCAGAAAGCUGGGCAGCUGUCAAAAAUGAGGUAUUAUCAUUAACAAGAUUGUCCAUACUGUAUUGUUACACUAGGUUGGCCCUCCUUUCUUACUGAUAUUUUUUUAAUGACUGCUGGCUCUGUCAGCGGCAGAGAUGCAGCUCUCUGAGCCACCCAAAGUGUGACUGCCUCCUGUGGUGAAACACACAGCACACAGUGGCCGGAAACCAGUCAGCUCCUGUCCGUAGUGGUUAGGCUGCAUGUGGUUUCAAAGCAGCUACUGCUGCCAUUUUAGCUUAGAACUGCCAGAGAUUUUAUGAAAUGCGGGUAUGGCACGCACAAAGCCUGAGAUCAUUAUGUCCUUGGGUGGAAAAGAUGUAAAAAAUGUAAAAAUAUUUCUCACGACUUACUCAGAUAAGAAUUCAUGAAAAAUGUUUGCUGCCUUAAAUGUCUUAUAUGGACGAGGCUCGAUACUCUAUCGUUUUCCCAUUUAUUUCAGAACUAGAAAGCAUUUACAGGGCAUUCAUGUGAAGUAAAGUCAUGGAAAACUAAACUGGCAUGUUGUGUAAUAAACAGAGAGCGCUGGUUAUGCCUGUCAGCUCUGUUCAUUACGGCCUGCUGGGUGUCCCCACAUCUGCAAAGAUGUCAGCAUGUCCUCUGUGUUUAGUUUGCUUGCUUGUCCUCUGCUGGUUAAUGUGGGUUCUGGAGAGGCACUGAAUCACCCCAGAAUGAAAAGUCUUGCACACUGAGCAGUCCAUGGUCUUGUGAUUGAGUGGGAGGUCCUGGUUUUUUACAAAGUGCAGGAAGUUGGUCUUUCCAAGCUCUGUGCUAAGUUGUGGAUGUGGGUGUUUUCCUUCUUUUAGAUGUGAAUCUUGAAGUCAAAACAAUUCUUUUUGAUUAAGUCAUGGUGGUCACAAGAAUGUGAGCCUCCAAUCAACUCUGGGAAUGUAAACAAUGUGGGGCACUAUGAGGCAUCUGAAAUUAAGAAAUGAACAAAUUAAACAGAUUAAGUAUUAUGCGCUCAUCAUUUUUCAAACUCACAGCUAGAUAACAUUCUCCAUCCGGGAAGAGCUAAUCCUUUGCCAACAAUUGAGUUGUGCCUCCCCCAAGGAUAUAUGCUGCUGAAGGACUUCCUGGCUGUAAUAUCAGAUUUUUCUCAGACGGAGAGCAGCCUUGAAUUUAUCCUUCUCCCAGCUUCCAUUUUUAAUUUUUAACAGGACAAAAACAAAAAAAGCAAGGACAGCUCUCUUAGCCACGCUCACAUUUAAGCAAUGUCUACGCCAACUGUUCCAGCUAAACUCCUCCUCAGACACGAGCUGCAGGCCAAUGCCAGUUUUACGGCCAUGUUGACUUUGGAAGAUGACGAGAGAAAAAGACAGAGACAGACUUCCAAGGCUUUUGGCUUUACUACUUGGAGAAUGUUGGAGGGUUUACCUUGGGCUAUGACCAAGUGUUCCUAGUGGUCAGCAGACUUCUGGAAGAACAAAACAAUAGCUGCUUGUUUAUAGUAAUGUUUCAGCAACCAGGUUUUCUGGCAUGUUUCAUAAUAUCUUUUUCCAGUUAUUUUAUUUUAUUUUAUUGCUUCUGUAUGAAAACAGUGCUGCAACUUAUAUGGUGGAUGUUGAGCAACUUAGGGGCUUUUUGUGCUGUCAAGAUUUUUCAGCUGGCUUCUUACUUUUUGUAUUUAGUGUCGGAUAUAUUGCGUGUAAGAUGGCAGAAAAAGCCAAGUAACCUUCAUAGUGUCAUUACCUCUAAAUGUUUAAGUAUGCACAAUAUAGGAGAUGCAAGAGUUGGAUGAAUAAGGGUUAAAGCAGUUCUUUUAGGUUCUCUGGAUGGGAAAAAAAUGUCAUGAACACACCAUCAUCUGCAAACGGAUGGAGACCAAGACAACUGGCUUGCUUGUAAAUUAAUUCCCAGCCUGUUUAUUUCUCUAACCUUCAAGUAGAGAUGCUCCCUCUGACCUGCUUCACAUCAGGGGUCCUGCUGUUUAUACCAAUGGCAAAAGUAAUUAAAUUCCAGUUAAAUUUGCCUGGAGCAAGAUGGGGGCUGUUGUCUUAACAGCAAGUCUGUUGAGGCUCAGAUAAUGGUAUCAUAUUUGCGUUUCCCUAAUGUUGGUACCCUGAUGGAUUUUAAAGAUAAAGUAUUUGAUGCAUCUUUACUGGAUUCACACAUUUACUGGAUUUUUUUUUCUACAUUCUUCAUCUUGUGGCAUUUAGCGAUAGACUCUGCUGGUAUGAGAUUUUCACGGUAUGAUAACCUUUAGUUAAAUAAGUUCACAGAAGAAAAAUGUGUGACAUGAUGUAAUUGCUUUGAUUGACUGCUACAACAAUAUUGACUAAUACAGGUCUAAUACUGGUACAUCUAUAAUACUUAUUUAUGUUAUUUUUGAUUUAUGUACUUGUUCUUAAUAAAAAAUGGAGAAUAAAUCCCCACUAAAUCUAUCACUUUUUAAAUGCCAAUUUUUCUUUUGUGUUUUGCUUUUUGCAUAUUUAUAACAAACUAAUACUAGCUGAUUAAGUAGUCGAGUCUCUGCAAACCCUUGCAAAAAAUUCAACUGCUAAUUGCAGCGUGUGUGCCCAAAGUAUGAGCAUUCAUUCUUCAGAUGCAUCUACUUGGCCCUGAGCCACAUGUGAGAACACUGUAUGGGUUUCUGGAUAAUUUGCUAAAGAGGGGAAAAAAUGCAUGUAAGCGGUACCAAAUGUGUAUUCUGUAGGAAGGUGCAUUGCCGCCACAUCAUCCACUGCUAUUGCCAAAAAUAAUUACCACAACGAUAGAAUGUUUUCAGUCAAACCAGAGGAAACAUAAUCUAAAGUACAACAAUAAUUAAAGCACAAAAAGCCAGGCUUGUUUCGUGAGGUCAUGGCCGAACAUUUGGAACACAGUGCUCAAUUCACUUGCGUCACAAAAUUGAGUCCUUCAUUUUAUUUAUGCACUUUGUGAAGUCUUUCAUGUCGAGUACAGUGGAUUAGUGUGACUGCUGGUCUGGUAUGUGCCAUAACUAAGUGAGAUUGUACUACUGGAAGACAAAAUUAGUGCCCAUUUCUGCUCCUGGAUCAACAAUCAAAUUCUGUCUCAAACAUAGCAGGUUGAGCCUCUUCUUCUGUCAGAUCUUCAAUGUAUUUAAUUAAAUAAUCCUUAAAUUAAACUGCUUGAUGGUUGUUUUCCCUAUUCACCAGACCGCUUUCCUAAACCUGGUGGUAGUUUUCCACUUUUCUUCAGUCAGCUUUUGGAGAAAGAUACCAGAUUAGCAGAACAGAGCGCAAAGCCACUGAAGGUCAUGCAUCAUUUAGGAUAAAAUUCUAAUACCUGCGCGAGGUUAAGCAUUCCAGUGACACCAGAAAAGGAUUAAUUUGCAGAAUAGCUUAAUCUUUGCUUUGUUCUUUUAAUGACUUUGUUGCAUUUAGAACUUUUCUUCUGCCGGAAUAUUGUAAUAAUAGACUUUGUACAGUUGUUUUUGUUCUAUAAGCUUGAAAUUGAAUUUUGGUUGCAAUUACUCGGACCGCGGUUUACUUUCACAUGCUGGUUUUGACCCCUGCUGACCUGUGUGAGGUUUUCCUUCCGCCGCUGCUGAGAGUCACAGACAACAUUUCCCAUCAUGACAUGGACUAAAACAGAAGCCUGUGGUGCAGUAAAAUGCCAAUCUGAAACAGAUGUUGUUUCAAAAUGCCAUGGAAGUGGGUUUUUUUUUUCUUCUUUUUCGAAAGAGUAACAAUGCAAGUAAGAGGGUGAUCUGGUGUAGGGCGUGAAAAACACUGUUACCAUGGCUCUGUCAGUGUCCCCGUAAUUAAUAAUCAUUUAGGAUUUUCACAUUCAUUUGGUUUCAGCUGCGUAACUGCAAUUUUAGACAUUUGCAACAAAUAGAAUAAAAGGAUGUUUUAGCAGGAAUGCAAACCAGAUCAGAAUGAGAAAAAUGCGAAUGCAGGAAAUGACAGGGAGAGGUGAGGCUAGAUGGUGGGGUGGUAAAAUUACAAAGCUGCAGCCGCUAGCAGACGGCCUGAUGCUGACGUUUGUUGCGGCCCUUCUGGUCUUUGGGCCUCAUCAUGAGAAUGCGUACACAGUCAUUAGGCUCUGAUAGAUGUGUGCUGAGCUGCUUUAAACCACUAAAAGGGAUUAAGAUUGAUGUGAAGUGAGAAUUAAAGGAUUAUAUUUAAGGCUGCAAGUUUCCUUCUCCUUCAACAACAACAAAAACAUAAUAAUAAUAUUAUUUUUGUACUUCUCUAUUAGGUUUUGAGGAAGCGGCAAUCAACUAUAGGAUAUCAGUUUGCUCACCGGUCAGAGGAAAAAUCUGGCAGGUCUGGAGCGGGAUAGCAAGCAUGGCUGAACCACGGCGGGAAAGCACCAGCAGCCUGCAAAGGAAGAAACCUCCCUGGCUCCGACUGGACAUUCCCACGGCUCAGAUGUCACUAGACGAGCCUCCGACUUUUGUUCAGCCGGUGAGGCGGCAGGGGUUCCUUCGCAGUAUCAGCAUGCCGGUGGAGACUUCUCACCUCCAGUCUCCGCCGCGCGACAUCUUUGACACCCGGCGGCCAGUAUUACAACGCCAGUCAUCCAUUACUCAGACCAUAAAGAGCAGCAGGAGAGUGCACUUUGAGCGGAUUAACACUGUCCCCGUUAAGGGGCAGCGGGCUGCACGCCACAGCGUCAGGAAACACCACUCUCUCUCCAGAACUCUGCUCAGGGGAACAGCAGACUGGUUUGGAGUUAGUAAAGACGGCGACGCCACACAGAAAUGGCAGAGGAAAAGUCUUCGGCACUGCAGCCUCCGCUAUGGGAAGCUAAAACCGCAGGUGAUCCGGGAGAUGGACCUGCCGAGCCAGGACAACAUCUCCUUGACCAGCACUGAGACCCCACCUCCCCUCUACGUGCCGUCCUCGCAGCAUGGAAUGCAAAAGAUCGUGGACCCAUUGGCACGUGGAAGAGCCUUUCGAAUGGUGGAGGAGGUUGAUGGCUACAGCGUGCCUCCAACCCCGAUCACCCCCGGAGCCACGUCACUUUGCUCCUUCACCAGCUCCCGCUCGGGUCUCAACCGGCUACCUCGGAGGCGCAAGAGGGAAUCGGUGGCCAAGAUGAGCUUCAGGGCCGCAGCUGCACUGGUCAAGGGGCGUUCGUUAAGAGAGAGCACUCUAAAACGGGCGCAAAGGCGAAGCUUCACUCCCGCCAGUUUCAUGGAGGAAGACGUGGUCGACUUUCCUGAUGAACUGGACACCUCCUUCUUUGCUAGAGACAUCCUGAUGCACGAAGAGUUGUCCACAUAUGCAGAUGAGGUCUUUGAGUCUCCAUCUGAGAUGGCCAUCAAAGAGGCAGAGCCCGGCACCAAGAAGGAUGAAAUGGAGCUGACAGGCAGUGCCUUGGAUAAGACUGAGCUUGAGAGAAGUCACCUCAUGCUGCCUCUGGAAAGAGGAUGGCGUAAAGCCAAAGAAGGAACCCCAGGACCACCAAAGGUGCCCUUGCGUCAGGAGGUGGUGAGCGUUCACGGACAGCGGCGUGGACAGCGCAUCGUCGUGCCGGUCAAGAAGCUUUUUGCUCGUGAAAAGAGGCCUUAUGGGCUGGGCAUGGUGGGAAAGCUGACAAACCGCACUUACCGCAAACGCAUUGACAGCUACGUGAAGAGACAGAUCGAGGAUAUGGACGACCACAGGCCUUUUUUCACAUACUGGAUCACCUUUGUUCAUUUACUCAUCACUAUAUUGGCUGUAUGUAUAUAUGGUAUUGCACCAGUGGGCUUCUCUCAGCAUGAAACUGUUGAUUCUGUUUUAAGAAACAAAGGAGUCUAUGAAAAUGUCAAGUUUGUACAGCAGGAGAACUUCUGGAUCGGGCCUGGUUCUGAAUCCCUGAUCCAUUUAGGGGCCAAAUAUUCUCCAUGCAUGCGACAAGAUGAGCAGGUGCACAAUCUUAUCAGGGAAAAGAAAGCUGUUGAACGCAACUCCGCGUGCUGCGUUCGGAAUGAUCGCUCUGGCUGUGUUCAGACUUCAGAGGAGGAAUGCUCGAGUACUCUAGCUGAGUGGGUGAAGUGGCCGAAUCCAAUAUUCAGCACUCCACAGUUCAAUGGUAAAGACAGGCAGUAUGGCUCAGUGUGUCAUCAGGAUCCCGGGAUAUGUCUGGAGCCGGCCUCGGUGUCUCCACAUGAAUGGCCCGAUGACAUAACAAAGUGGCCUAUUUGUACCAGGUACAACACAGGGAACCAUACCAACCUGCCUCACAUAGACUGCACCAUCACAGGCCGACCCUGCUGCAUCGGAACCAAAGGGAGGUGUGAAAUCACAUCCAGGGAAUAUUGUGACUUCAUGAAGGGCUACUUCCACGAGGAGGCUACUCUUUGCUCGCAAGUGCACUGCAUGGAUGAUGUCUGUGGAUUGUUGCCUUUCCUCAACCCAGAGAUUCCAGAUCAGUUUUAUAGGCUCUGGCUUUCUCUUUUCCUGCAUGCUGGAAUCCUCCAUUGCAUGGUGUCGGUGGCUUUCCAGAUGACCAUCCUGAGAGACCUGGAGAAACUGGCUGGCUGGCUGCGCAUCUCAAUCAUUUACAUCCUCAGUGGGAUCACCGGGAACCUGGCCUCGGCUAUCUUCUUACCCUAUAGAGCAGAGGUGGGUCCCGCUGGCUCUCAGUUUGGGAUCCUGGCCUGCCUGUUUGUGGAGCUCUUCCAGAGCUGGCAGAUCCUGGCUCAGCCGUGGAGGGCCUUCAUCAAGCUGCUGUGCGUGGUGCUCUUCCUCUUUGCCUUCGGGCUACUGCCCUGGAUCGACAACUUCGCCCACAUCUGUGGCUUCAUCUCCGGCUUCUUCCUGUCCUUCGCCUUCCUGCCCUACAUCAGCUUUGGCCGCAUGGACCUGUACCGCAAACGCUGCCAGAUCAUCGUCUUCCUGCUGGUGUUUGUCGGUCUGUUUUCGGGCCUCGUGGUGCUCUUCUACGUCUACCCCAUCAAGUGCGACUGGUGCGAACUGAUCACCUGCAUCCCCUUCACGGACAAAUUCUGCGAGAAGUACGACCUCAACGCCCACCUUCAUUGAAGUGCGAGCAACGAAGCAUGAAGGCAUCAGGUCAAUCGUUGUGGACUGAUCGAGAGGGAGGGGAACAUUUCCUCUUUCUCUGUGAACUAAAAGAUUAUUGUUGUGUUCUUUUACUCUGUCAUUAUGAAUACCUAUACUCUUCAUCAUAUGGAUUUCCUUUACGUUCCCAUUCACAAUCAUUGUCAGUGCUUUUAUUGUCCAGUGAAACAAAGCUAAGGCACUUCAAAAACCCAUCAAAGCACCUGGUUUCCCUUUACUUGAGAGGAAGUAAUUGGAGAAGCCAAGGCGCUGGUACAGGCUGAAGGAUCAUAUUCAACAUUCGCCACAAUUAUUCAGGCAACCUCAGAACCAGAAGCAGGGACAAAAAAUAUAUAUACCUUUGGUGCCUUGUUGA